AUGGGUCAAACUCUCUCAGAGCCCGUUGUCGAGAAGACCUCGGCCAAGGGCGAAGAUGAACGUCUCCUCUACGGCGUGUCCGCCAUGCAGGGCUGGCGCAUAAGCAUGGAGGAUUCACACACCACCGUCCUCGACCUCCUUGCCCCCGGAAGCGACGAAGCCAAGAAGCAUGACUCCAAGCUCUCCUUCUUUGGAGUCUUUGACGGACAUGGCGGUGACAAAGUGGCCUUAUUUGCUGGCGAGCACAUUCACGAGAUCAUCACAAAGCAGGAGACCUUCAAAAAGGGAAAUUACGAGCAGGCACUCAAGGACGGCUUUCUCGCAACUGACCGCGCCAUUCUCAACGAUCCCAAGUACGAGGAGGAGGUCUCUGGCUGCACUGCCUGCGUUGGCCUGAUCUCUGAUAACAAGAUCUACGUCGCAAACGCCGGCGAUUCGAGAAGUGUCCUUGGUAUCAAGGGACGAGCUAAGCCCUUGUCCCAGGACCACAAGCCUCAGCUCGAAGCCGAGAAGUCGCGUAUCACCGCCGCCGGUGGAUUCGUCGACUUUGGCCGUGUCAACGGCAACCUUGCUUUGUCGCGAGCCAUUGGCGAUUUCGAGUUCAAGAAGAGCGCAGAGCUGUCCCCCGAGGCGCAGAUCGUUACGGCCUUCCCCGACGUCGAGGUCCACGACAUUUCCGACGAUGACGAGUUCCUGGUCAUUGCUUGUGACGGUAUCUGGGACUGUCAGUCUUCUCAGGCGGUCGUCGAGUUCGUUCGACGUGGCAUCGCGGCCAAGCAGGACCUGGACAAGAUCUGCGAGAACAUGAUGGACAACUGCUUGGCCUCUAACUCGGAGACUGGUGGCGUCGGUUGCGACAACAUGACCAUGGUCAUUAUUGGCCUUCUGCGCGGCAAGUCCAAGGAGGAGUGGUACGAGGAGAUUGCCAAGCGGGUUGCUGCCGGUGAUGGACCCUGCGCCCCUCCCGAAUACGCUGAAUUCCGUGGCCCUGGAGUUCACCACAACUUCGAUGAUAGCGACAGCGGUUAUGACGUGGACCUGGAGAACAAGGGCAAGCCCUUCGGCAUCGGUGGCUACAAGGGCCGCAUCAUUUUCCUCGGCGACGGCACCGAGGUCUUGACCGACACCGACGACACGGAGAUGUUCGACAACGCGGACGAGGACAAGGACCUCGCGAGCCAGGUUUCCAAGGCCACCUCGGCCACGAGCAAGGAUGGUGAUGCGGAGGACUCAACCAAGAAGCCCGAGGAGGAGAGCAAGACAGGCGCGGACAAGCCCAAGGAGGAGUCAAAGCCGGCCACCGCAACCUCUGAGUCGACGGAACCGCAGAAGGCCGAGGGCACGGACAAGUGA